CGAAAGAUCGAAGAAACCAGCAGCCUGGCCCGACAUGUUUGAAGCUACAGCUGUGAGCCUUUCAGCACGAAAGCGCGGCGCACGGAAGCCAUGUUGCUGACUGAAAGUCUCCGUUUCUCUCGGAAGGGUCACGUGGUAUCAAUGGCGCGACGACGACUUUGGCUCCUGGCUCUGGUCACUUUGCUCUGGGCCGCCGCACCUAUUUGCUGGGCAAUAUUCCCGCCGGAGAAAAAACAGCCACGUAUGGCUUCGAAGGGUGUUGCCGUAUUGGCCGGGGUUGGCAUCGUCCUCUUCUGGGAAGCCUUCUGCACGGUGUUCUCCAAUGACCGGCCGACGAUUUUGGCAGAACUCUUCAACUUCCUCCUUUGCCGCAGGAGGCACUUUGCGCAGCCAGAGAAGCGUGAAGCGGUGGCGUCGAUUUUGUAUCACAAGAUGGACGAGUUUACCAUGAUUCGAAACCCAACCAGUCAUUUUUGGUCCUGCCGAGCUGUAUCCCGUGAAUUUCCAAAUUCCCCCAACAACAAAUCUGAAGCGGGGCCUAUGGCGAUUUGGGAACUGGAAGAGUCUUCAGCUGGUCCCAGAGGCUUCGUGCCAAGAUCAGAGGGAUCGGUGAUUUUCUUUGCAGAUCACACGCUGGCAAUAGAACCAGGUACCAAAGUGGCCGAAGUUGUUCUCUUACGCGUGGGCAAUCUUUCCACGGAAGUGAGGGCAGACCUGGCCACGAUUGAUGGAACAGCAUAUGCGGGCAGCAGCUACAAGGCUUCGAAGCAGAGAGUUGCAUUUGCUCCAAACUCUUCCAGUGCAACUUUCUCCAUUGAACUCUUGGACUGCCCUCUCGGUUCGCACCGAUUUUUUGUUGCUCAUGUGGAACAGUUCACGGCAACGCGACCAUGGGGAGCUCCUCCUUCACUCGCAUCCGGCUGCUUCCGGAGGGCCUCUGGCCCCCCGGCGCCCGCCAGGAAGAUCUCGAUGCGCGGGCACAGGAGGCCGAGGGAAAAGUCGAUUGGCACGCAUACGAUUGGUCUUCGCCUUUGGCAGACAGCUCUUCAAGCGAAGAGGCAUGAAGUUUUGGUACGUUGUGACGUCCAUUUGUUGGCUUGACUUUCAUCGGGUUGUUCUGAACACUCUCUUGCUGAGCUACGCAUUGUAUGACUUUUGCUUGACCAACACUGACUUUGUGAUAGCAUGUCAGCGCUUGCCGAUGAUUGUACUAGCAAAGCUUGCACUGGUUUGCGUGGACCGAUUUGCGAGCCACGUGAAAAGCACUGAAUCUGGAGGCCUGUCUUCCACUUGUUUUUUGCAAGAACUGCUUAUACAUCAGUACUUGCAAUCCACAGAUGACACCAUUGAGCUUGGCAAGUUCUUGCACAUGCUUUCAGACACAGUCCCUGAAAGUGUGACUUAUGGCUACAAAACAGUCUAUGAACUCGUGCACUGCUUGGUGACAAUGGUUCUCUCCAUUACAAUGGCCUUGCUUGUGCCAAUGCUGAAGGGCAAGACUCCAUCCGUUGAUUCAUUGCAGCCACUGAUUUGGAUUCUUGUUCCGCUGCAUUGGACCUUCGUGGUGGGCUUCUGGAUGCGACAGCCAUCCUUCAAUUAUCUGGCCCUUCGCACCAGAGAUGCUGAUAUCGAGAAAAAUGGCGCCAUGAUAGACCUGUUGUAUUGCAGGCAAUGGUUGAGGGCAUAUGACAAUGCAUACCCUGUGCAGCACGUCCGGAGCGCCUUCGACGAAGCGUGCUCAUAUUUUUGUCAGCAGCGAUCCGACUUUUUUGCGUACAAAUCAGAUACGCAAUGGGUUGCACGCUAUUUCGGUGAGAUGACCAAGAUUUUUGGCAUACUCUUCGGUGGCUACGCAGCUUUGCAGAAUUUGCACACUGGUGAGGGCCAGAUGACGCUAGGGCGCUUCACAGUCUUCGUGAGCUUGUACAGCAUUAUCAUUGAUGUGAUUUACAUGUUCAUUGACGCCUGGGAUGGGAUCCUUUAUGCUGAAAUUCUCGUUGAGGAGCUGUGCCAAUUCGCAAACACCUCAGCCGCUUCCAAGAAGUCCGAGUCCGAGUCCUCCGAGUCGAGGCCCAAACGGCUGCAUCCGCAGAGAUCCAUGAUCGCUGAACAUCCGCUGAUCAUGGGCAGGUUUCAGUUGAAGCUGUCCUCCGUGGAUUUCUAUUUUACAGCUUCCGCCACAAAGGCUUGCACGCUGUUGGAGCUGCCUUUGGGCCAGUCCUACGGCAUUCGUACCUACAGCGAUGCCAGCUCUUUGCGCAGGCGCGCCUGUGAAGUCUUGGGGGGAAUGCGUGUGCCUAGCGUGCGCAACCAGCUGGGCUGCGCCAAGCAGCUGCUGUUGAAGCCUCCGGUGAGCAUUGCCUCCGGCAGCGUGCUGGAGAACCUGCUCUCCAACGCCGCGGCCUGGGUGCGCGCCAGCGACGUCAUGGCGCUGUUGGCCCUGCUGGGCAUUCCCAUCCCCGCCCCAAAGGGCGUCCAAGUGAUGCACGGCCCCGCCGCUGAGCUCCUGAAGCGUCUGGUGAGCUCCAGUGGAUUUACCGGAAACACCCGGAGCUUUCGUCACUUCGAGACCCACUGCGAGCGCUUCCGGGAGCGAUGCUUUACAUCAGACUUCUGCGUGCUAUCAACAACUGCGGAAGCUGAGGAUGUGUUGCAACCAUCUGAGAAACACCUCUUCGACCUCGCACGAGGCUUACUGGCUGAUCCUGAAGUCUUAAUUGUGCAUGAUAUGCUGAACGUGAUGCCUCUUCCGCUGGCGCAGAACGCUCUUCUGAUCAUGUCCUUUUGGCAACGACUGGGUGGUUUCAAGGGUUUCGUGCUGGCCUUUGAGGGCGCCUUUGUUGUGCCAGAAGGCUAUCCGGAAUGGCUCACCCCCGCAGGCGGACUCCAGAGAACGUUGCUGGUAUCUGAGUCCAGUAUCGUUUGUGCAGGCCUGAAUAUGACCUGUCAGAUCGACUCCUGGUUGAUUAUCCAGCCGGGCGGAAGUCUGGAAAUUGGCGGUCCGGAAGAGAUUGGCGAUGAAGAUGAGCCGACCGCCGCAUUGAGCUUGGAAAGGCGAAGAGAUACGGCACCAGCAGAAUUAUAAUAGCAGGAACACGAGACAAUGAAUAACAGAAAAAGUCAAACACAGCAAACAAUGCAAGUCAGAUGUUUCAUUCAUUUGCAUCCCACGAUUUGUUAACACAAAUCUAAUUAAUUGUGAUACCAGCAGAGCCGACGAAGCCGGGCG